AACGAAGUAUAGUCAAACAAUUGCGACUCAUCUGAACAAUUGCGACUCAUGUGAACAAUUGCGGCCCAUAUGUACGUGAUGGAAGCGGAACUCAUUGCGAAUCAAUAUCAAUAAUGUUUCGGUUGUUUUGCAUUAUCGCCACGCAACGAAGUAUAGUCAAACAAUUGCGAUCAUAUGAACUUAAAAUUUAGAUAAUUAUCUAGCUGCCGCUUUCGUAUCAAAAGUCAAAACUCAUAGUUCACCCAAGUUUAGUCUUGUGUAUUACUGGUUAAAGACACAAGACUAGCAAAUUGAUCGAUAUAUUACAAUUCGAAGUUACAAUCUUUAACUAAGAAUGGCGUUAGUCUUCGUUCUGUGGUAUAGCGUGGCAUAUUUCGCAAGUAUCGUAUCGUCUACUCAAGCUAUCGAAUGCCAAGGCACAGCGAGAUAUACGUUAACCUUCCUAGGGGAAUGGACAAGUCAAUCUCAUCAACAUUUUCCAAUCAGCGCUCAUUUCUCAACCCUCGUAGGCUGUAGUCAUAAAACUUCCUAUGUGAUGUGGACACCAGGAAUAAAAGCGACCACAGGAGUUAAAGAUGUCGCAGAAUUAGGUAUGCCUGAGUCAUUAACAGCCUUCUUGGGGGUCUAAUUUAAAUUAAUAAUACUGUACAUCAUUGAUAUGUCUUGUAUGCUUUGUAUAAAAGAAUUAGCCGAAGGAAUUCCGUCUAGACGAAAAACUCGUCUUAAAUUCGCAUUCAGAAAGAUAAAUGAAACGGAUAAAGCGUUGCCAAACUUCGCAAGUCCUCACAGGAAGGUCAUAAUUUCUAGAUGACGCCAUAACCUGGGCCAUGAAUUGUCAGUGUCUGUCUUUUCCAGUGUAGGUAGUGCCAAUCAAAUGAACAAGCUUUCGUUGGUAGGAAUGCAAAAAAUAUGAAAAAUAUACGGAGAAUUUCGACGUUUCGAGCGAAGGCCCUUUCGUCAUAGCGGUCUUAGUAACUCCAGAAGAAGGGCCUUCGCUCGAAUCAUCAAAAUUCUCCUUAAGGCUUAAUAUGUUUUUCAUUUUAAAAGUUUCUUUCCUGGCUAAAUCAAUACAUCAUAUUUUAUACUUCAGGUAUUACAGGUGCACUUAACAGCGAAAUGGACAAUGAGAUAAACUUGAAAAAAGCCUAUAAGAGAUACCAACGUAUCGUGUUCUCUGGUGGCACAGGAACCACUCUUAUCCCUAACAUCGAAGUCAACUCGGAAUAUCCCCUCGUGUCCUUCAUUACCAUGAUCGCACCCUCACCUGAUUGGUUCGUUGGUGUACACGACUAUAAUUUAUGCAACACGACAACAGGGAAAUGGUUAGACUCGAGAACAAGAGAUUUGCCACCCUAUGAUGCAGGCACUGACAGUGGACCUAACUUUGAUAGUCGAGAUCAAAUAACAAAUCCAAAAGAAAAUAUCCAUCUGCUUACAAACAACACAGAAGGAUCGUUCAAAGGCGAUAAACCCGUAAGGAGGUUUGGAACUUUCACUUUUGCGCAGACCUAUUUCAACCCAGCUACUAUACAGCCGCCUUCAAACACCGGUGCAGCAUGCUCUGUUAAACAGCUUGGCUAUGUUGUUUUUGCUAUGAUCCUUGUAAAUUUCUGUUUGUAAUUUUUUACAAAUAUUUGCACAAACAUAUACGUUGUGGAAACAUGUUUUAAGAACCAAUAUAAACAGAUUGUAAACAUAAAGUUUUUAAGAGAACUUUUCUCAAAAACCUUACAACAUUUUUGACAUAAUUCAUGCCGCCAAUUUUACCAAUAAAUGACACUUUGACAUCACAACUGUAAUAAAGCUCGAGUAAUUGUAUAAAGGAUAGUAACAGAGAUGGUAAAUGAAAAGCAAUGGUAUAAAAUGAAAGCCUAAAUCCUCCUUACGGAAUACCUCUCUAAAUACAGAUUGUUUGUGGACACGUAUCUCUUACCUGGACAUAUUGUAGAAUAACGUUCGUUUUGUGAUUAAUAUACAGUGCAUAAUUGAUAUAAUGUAGUAGUAAUGUAGGUUAAAAUUCAUCAUUGGUGAAUAUAGAUCUGUAGUUUUUUAUUUAUCGUUUUAUGAUUGACUUUGUAUUUCCGCGCGCCUACAUAAAGGAUUGUUCCUUCUAUUUAUAAUAAUAUAAUAAUAUUAAAAGGUUUGUCACAGUUUACUUGUUAAUAUUUACAUAUCAACUACAUACUUUUACAGGGCCGUAGACACCGGGAGGGGGGGGGGGGCUGGGGGCUUCAGCUUCCCCCCCAAUAAUUUAUAAACUGGCGAUAAUCUGUAAAGUUUGAGAGGGGAAAUAAUGAC